AAAAAAAAUAACACGGCAAAACACCGUACAUGAACGCAGAUACGAAGAAAAUGCAAAUUCGUUUUGAGGUUAGUAUAAAAAUGGCGCGCGCGCGAAGCCCUGCGCAGUGCAGGCGUGUUUCCCGCCAAAAACUCCUGUCAUCGGGGGCGCACUUGUUGUUUGAAAAAUUUCUUUUUAAAGAAACAAAAAAAAAAUAACAACCAUGAGUGCCAUCCUCCUUGCCGUCGUAAUAGUGCUUUGCGCAUACAAAUUCUUCUCCCGUAAGAACACAGUCACCCUAAAAAGGGUAAAUAGAACUGGGGAGGUGAUUAAUACGCUUCGGACGGCACCGGGGCCAACUCCUUUGCCUAUAAUAGGGAACUUACACCUUUUGGGCAAGCACGAAUCGCCUUUUCAGGCGUUCACGGAGCUGUCGAAGCAAUACGGCGACAUAUUCAGUUUGAAACUGGGAAACACACCAUGUUUGGUGGUCAACAAUUUGGAGUUAAUAAGGGAGGUUUUGAAUCAGAACGGAAAGUUUUUCGGCGGACGGCCGGACUUCAUACGGUUCCACAAACUCUUUGCUGGCGACAGGAACAACUCACUGGCGCUCUGCGAUUGGUCCAACCUACAAACCAGACGGCGCAACAUGGCCCGUCGUCAUUGCGGGCCAAAACAGCACACAGAUAACUUCACACGAAUCGGUAGCGUGGCCACAUUCGAGUCCAUAGACCUCAUCCAAACUCUACGAUCCAUAGCCAACACCACAGAGUCUAGCAUCAACUUAAAACCUAUGCUCAUGUCUACAGCGAUGAACAUGUUCUGCCACUACAUGUGCAACGUGCGUUUCGACCCCGAAAACGACGUGGAAUUCAAGAAAAUCGUAGACCACUUCGACGAGAUAUUCUGGGAGAUCAACCAGGGUUACGCUGUUGAUUUUCUGCCUUGGCUGGAGCCUUUGUACAAGAAGCAUAUGGACAAACUCUCAGGCUGGUCUCAGGACAUCCGCACCUUCAUACUGUCAAGAAUCGUCGAGCAGCGAGAGAUGUCUUUGGACGUGGAAGGUCCUGAGAAGGAUUUCCUAGAUGGUCUACUUAGAGUUUUGCACGACGACCCGAGCGUCGACAGGAAUACGAUAAUUUUCAUGCUCGAAGACUUCCUGGGUGGACAUUCUUCUGUGGGUAAUCUAGUUAUGUUGUGUCUAGCUGCUGUAGCGAGAGACCCAGAGGUUGGUAAGAAGAUUAAAGCAGAAAUCGAUGGACAUACUAAAGGAAAACGUGCAAUUACAUUAUCUGACCGAAGCUCUUUGCCUUUUACUGAAGCUACGAUUCUCGAAUGUCUCAGAUACGCUUCUUCACCCAUCGUACCUCAUGUGGCUACGGAGAACGCCUCAGUUGCUGGUUUCGGCGUUGAAAAGGGAACAGUAGUCUUCAUUAACAACUACGAGCUUAACACAUCUGAACAGUACUGGAGGGAACCCGAGAAAUUUGACCCUUCCAGGUUUCUGGAAAGGACGAAGAUCAGGGUGCGAAGGAACUCCCAUUGCGACUCCGGCAUGGAAUCGGAUAGUGAAAGAACGGGACCUAUAGAUAAAGCUACGGAGACAGAAAAAGAGGUUGUAUCCGUGAGAAAGAACAUACCACAUUUCCUCCCCUUCAGCAUCGGCAAGAGGACAUGUAUAGGCCAAACUUUAGUGACGACCAUGAGCUUUGUCAUGUUCGCUAGUAUAAUGCAAGAGUUUGAUGUAGCAGCGGAGAAUCUGGAGGACUUGAGGCAGAAACCGGCGUGUGUGGCAUUGCCGAAAGACACUUUCAACCUAUACCUUGUGCCUAGAAAACAUUGAACCGUGCAAAUACUGUUUUAAAUGGAAAUUCUCUUUUUUGUAUUAUAAACUCCUUGCUAGCAUCGAGUCUUGUGCCUGCAGUAUGUUUAAAUAAAAAAAAACUAUAAUGUUGUUCUGAAUUCAAUAUUUUCGAAAGUUUUUUUGUUUUGCACUAGUUACCAGUUGCACUAGAUUUGUAUUUUAUUCACUUAGAUCGAAAUUUAAAAAUAAAAAGUUUUAUUUUUAAAUUGAUUCAGAUUUUUUUUAUUUAUACGCAACGAGGCCAAGACAUUUUGCCGGCGCGGAGAUACGCUCAAAAACGUUAAUUUAUUUUAUCAAUGUUGAUAGUAUUAAUUGUUCAGGGUUCAAUUUUUAAGUGGCUGGAGUUCAAAUGUGAUCUCUUUUCAACUCUUUACUUAGAUGCACUGCAAAAGACCUUACAUUUGAAAUGAAAAAAAAUACGGAUAUUUUUUAAUUUCGAAACGACUGCUUAUUCUUUAUUGGAUUAAUGAUUGUAUAAUUUUAGGUUAUUUACAAUGUUAUAUAUAGCUUAUUUAAUUGACUUCUUCUCUCUAAAUAAACUUUUUCUACAUAUCUAGUUAUUUAUUAUGUAAACAUUAUAUCUUUAACACCUUGAAAUAUAUAAUUUAUUUUGAUUUACUUACAAUAUUAUAUAAAUAAUGAAUUAAAAAAAAACUUUUUUAGCAAAAAAUAUUAUUUGCCAUUUUUUAAUAAAGCACAGUUUUAUUUCAAAUGCGACGAUGCAAAAUAUACACACACCAAAAAAAUGACAAUAUCACUAAUAAAUCAAAUUAUAAGAAUUAAAAUAUUUAAAAUAGAUCAGAAGUUCAAAAAAGUUUAUUAAGUAUUAUUUUUUUUUUAUUAGCUUGGACUCUUUUGAUGAGUAUAUUAGUAUUUUUCGACGCCGAAAAUAUUAGACGCCGAAAAAGUCAAUUAAAUAUGUAUUCAUAGUCAAAUAUUGGAUUCAAUUCUGUGCCACCUGAACUUAACUUUGAGUACAUCUUUCUCUUUCUUUUAGAGUACAAAAAAGAUAGAGAAACAAGCAACGACAAAAUUAUUCUAGUUGCUCCCCUCAAAUUUAGACUAAUUUUUCGUUACAAUACAUUUUAAAACAUAACAGGAUGCAGAAUUUAGAUUUAAAUACGAUACUAGUUUUAAUGUAUUUAUUAGACAUACAGCAUAAACCGAGCAUUUAGUUCUUAUUUUGUACAAAAUUAGGAUUUGAUUUUUUUUAUGCACAAAAGUUAAAGUGGUUUGCAUUUACGAAGAAACUUUUUGAUAACAACGCAGGAAGUUUCCAAUGGUUUCUUUAGCUGUAAUGAUGUACGUAAUCUUAAAUAAAUGAUUGUCGUCGAGUCAGUCGACAGUCUCUUCAGUCGAGUGAAGCGAGACCAAUCAUUCAUAUAUGGAUGUAAUAAUAUAUGUACUUAAAAAAAAAAUAGAAGUAUUUAACUCACAUGUCCAAUUGUCCAAGAUAUUAUAUAUAUGUAAUAAUUAUUAAGUCAAUUGUAGCGAAAUUGAAACAAAACGAGAUAGCAAUUUAAUUUUUGAAGGUCUGAGGCACUAUUUUUAUAAAUAGAAUAUCCAAAAAGUCUGUAGAGUCUCUGUGCGGAAAGAGAAUGGGAUU